CAUUGAGUGAGUGACCAAUGAACGUGCAGGAGUCAUACCAUGGUGCGGCCUUCAGCUGUGUCGUGUGUGUGUGUUGAUAUAAGAGUGUGGCGCGGGAACUAUUGGUUACACUUUACCUCAAGUCACUUAUAUUUUAGUGGAUCAGCGGCCAUGAGUAGAUAUUAUAGACCCAAGUAAGAUGAAGGUGGCGGAGUUAGAGGCUGAACUACAGGAACGAGGUCUUGACUUGACUUGACUCAUUGCCGUUCACACCGACUGAGUCAAUGAGGACCCAGUACCCAGACUGAUUUCGAGGAGGAUGCGGGCAUAUUCUCUCCCUGAAUUAGCUGUUUUAUUGUGUAUUCGGCGUCGUAAAAGCAAGAGGAGGACCCGAAUAUGGAUGCAUGAACUCAUCCCCAAAAGACCCAAUAUGGAUGUGAAAAUUGAACAAGACGUUGGAUUAGACAUGGAAAUAAAUGAAACGAUUUACAUCAAAGAAGAAAUUGAAACUAAAGAGGAACCCUUGCUGGAUGGGAUUCCAAGUGAUUUUGAGGCCAAAAAGACAUUGAGCCAACAAGACACACCAGCUGAUGACACCAACGUGCAGUCACUGCUGCAUUACGAUGGAGAAGACAAUAAUGAUACCACCCAGAUAAUCAAGUCACCACCAGCUACACAGGCAAAGAAAGAGCCUAAACGAAAGAAGGCUGAAUCAGAAGAGGACCCACGAAUAGAGGAAGCUCUUAACAUCUUAAAAGGUGCUGCUGCAAGUGCUUCUUCGCAACAAGAUGAGUGUGGCGUCUAUGGGCAACACGUGGCCAACAAAUUAAGAAACUAUAGUAAGAGAACGAGAGCCAUAGUCCAACACCACAUGAAUAACACACUAUUUAAUGCUGAUAUGGGACAAUUUGACAUGGAAACCAGACCUUUUUCCGCAUGUCCCACCACAGCCUCCAACAUUCCUACACUAGGUUCAUACCAUUCCAUACCUACUCCUGAAUCACACUCGGUUCACUCUUCUCCUGCACCCACUCCUCCCCCCUAAACUCAAUUUCAAUCCCAGGCAGAGUCCCAGUCACAAUGACUUGUAUUGGCAUGAAUGAGUUAAUAAGAGUUCCUUUGUAUUCCUAAUAUAUAACAUUGAAUAAAGACAUGUGAACAUUAGAUAA